GCUCCCUCCACAGACCCUCCUCCUCCUCCUCCUCCUCCUCCUCCUCCUCUCAGCUGGGAGCCUGGUCCUGGCGUGGCUGCCGAACAGUCCCGGUCGAUCCCUUCCGAACUAAAUGCCUCUGUGACAGAAUCUCCACCUUCGCCAUCUUAGCCCAGCUGAGCGCCGAAAUGAACGCCGAAAAAGUUCUCCUCCCGUCGGUCACGUUAAUUGUCGGCUGUGGAGUAUCUUCCCUGACUCUCUUGCUCUUGAUAAUCAUUUACAUCUCAGUCUGGAGAUACAUCCGUUCCGAACGGUCCGUCAUCCUAAUCAACUUCUGCCUGUCCAUCAUCUCUUCCAACGCUCUCAUCCUGAUUGGGCAAACCCAGACCCGGAAUAAGGUGAUCUGUACCUUAGUGGCGGCGUUCCUGCAUUUUUUCUUCCUCUCCUCCUUCUGUUGGGUGCUGACAGAAGCCUGGCAGUCCUACAUGGCCGUGACCGGCCGGCUACGCAACCGCAUCAUCCGCAAACGAUUCCUCUGUCUUGGAUGGGGCCUGCCAGCAUUGGUCGUCGCCAUUUCUGUGGGAUUCACAAAAGCCAAGGGGUACGGCACUGUGAAUUACUGCUGGCUGUCUCUGGAAGGUCGUCUCCUUUAUGCCUUCGUGGGACCGGCGGCCGCUGUUGUUUUGGUGAACAUGGUUAUUGGUAUUCUGGUGUUUAACAAACUUGUAUCCAAAGAUGGAAUAACAGAUAAGAAACUGAAGGAACGGGCAGGGUAUGCCUUAAGACGGAAAUCCCGGUAUGCAGAGCUAGAUUUUGAGGUGAGCACGCACACGAGAAAACGUCACCUAGACAUAUGUUCCGCGGACUUCUUGAAUCGGAAAUUGCAGCAUGCAGAGAAAGAGAAGGAGUCUCCGACGGCGGACAGCAAGCAAGAGAAGCAGCCGACUCCCAACAAGAGACCCUGGGAAGGAAUCCGAAAGGUCCACUCGCCCCCGGCGUGGGUUAAAAAGGACGCGGAGCCCGUGGCCCAGUCUCCCUUGGAACUCAAAACUGUAGAAUGGGAAAAAACAGGAGCGACGAUUCCUCUGGUGGGGCAGGACAUUAUUGACCUCCAGACGGAGGUCUGAAGAGGAAAAGAGACAAGAGACUCUUAGGGCGUCUUUUCCUCUCCCCCACUGGAAAACAAAACAGAAUACGAAGCAGAUAAGAUUUUUUCAAGAAAAACAAAACAAAUGGCACUGAGACGGAGAGAGCAAAACCUGACGGUUUCUUUUUGAAGCCUCGCUGUCCAAACAGAAGAUAGUACGGAGUAUUCUUGGUCUUGUUCUCUGCAGACAGAGUUUGGAGCAGUAUUCCUUUGUAGAACGUAGUAACAGUAGGUGCACAACGAAAUACCGUCUUUCCCAGGUAAGGAAAAAGGAUUGGAGGGAAAGGGAGCAGUUUGGGGGGCGGGGACUGAGAAGCAAAUGGGGAAAGGGGAGGAGUCUAGAUUUUUUUUUAAAAAAAAAGAUGACACUUUUAGUGGCAGAGGGUCAUUUCCAAGAAGGUAAGGGUGGUUGAACGGUGGCAACGGAUGUCGGCGAAGUAGCACUUGGGACGGGUGAGUCAUCAGGAAAAUAUGCCCAGCAGUGGAUGGCCAACGAUUCCACUGGAUCGCCUUCGACCAGCUGAUUCUUCUCUAGGUGGUGGAAGGGAGAAAAAUGGGCCCAUCUCCCUUCCACUCCCUCAACACCACCCAGAAGAAACCGGAAUUCGAGCUCUUCGGCUUCAGAAUUCUCCUCUGCAUCAAGCUGGCCUUCCCCAGCUGCCCUCCAAUGAGCCAGCCCCAAGGACUCCACGUUGGGGCAACCGCGUGGGAUGGGAGAGGGUGUCUCCAUGGUGAAUUCCUCAACAUGUUCUUCUUCCAUAUUGGAUUUUCUCAACUCUUCAACGAAAAAAAAAAGUGUGAUGUACGAUCAAGCGAGAGAGAUCCUCUUAAGACAAUUCCGAUCCGCUCAACCUGUCUCCAGACAAAACAGCCUUGACUGGGGCGGGGAGGGUUUUAAAAAUAAACAAAAACAAGAAAGAAUGUAGGUCAUCACAUUGACUGUUAGUAGAUCAUAGACAAGCUCAUGGCGGGCCUUUGUUCCAAGGGUCACAUGGCCACAUUUUUUUUGUUUCUUUGUUUUCAAAGACUCGAUAACAACACCCUUCCCUCUUCACGCUUUUCCCAAAGCGGACAAGCCCCGGUCAACAGAGAAGUUGAGACUAUGGAGAACAUUGCCUUAGGACUUCGAGAUAAACUGAAAAAAAAACAUUGAGUAACAUCCACUUGGGAAAAAAAUCUAUUUUUUUCUUCUUUUUUUCUUUUCUUCAAUAAAAAGACAACUUGAAACCCUA